UUAAUACGAGUAUAAAUAGUAAGAAUGCCUCUAGACUGCAAGUUGGUGCAUUGGUAGGCAAAAUGCGUGCAGUGUUACUACUAGCCUUUGGCUUAACUGCCGUUACGGCCGUUCCAACCAAGCAGUCGGUGAUCGUCGGAGGUUCAUUGGCCGUCAUCAGCCAGUACCCCAGUGUCGCUGGUCUGCUGUACUCCUCCAAUGCUAACAACUUCAAUCAAGCAUGCGUUGGCACCAUCGUCACGGCUAAGUCUAUCCUAACUGCCGCACAUUGCGUAUACGGUGAUACGGCUUACACAUGGCGUGCCCGAGUUGGUUCCAGUUGGGCCAAUAGCGGUGGCACAGUCUACGCCCUUUACUCCAUCAUCACCCAUCCUAGCUUCAAGAUCCGCUCAAUGGACUAUGAUAUUGCAAUACUGAAGACAGGGAUCGCCAUUCCGUUUAGUAACACCAUUAAACCAGCUUCCAUUGCCAGUGCGAACUAUAACCUCCCUGACAAUCAGAUCGUCUGGGCUGCUGGGUGGGGCACUACGGUGGCUGGUGCUGCGAAAACUGAGCAACUACGUAACAUCCAAGUUUGGACCAUCAACCAAUACACCUGUGCUGCUCGCUACGGAGUCUUUGGCGCCAAUGUCACAGCCAACAUGUUGUGCACUGGUUGGCUGAAAAUUGGCAAUCGCGACCAGUGCCAGGGUGAUUCCGGCAGUCCUAUCUACCAUAACACCGUCUUAGUGGGGAUCAGCUCGUGGGGUUAUGGCUGUGCAAAUGCCAUUUACCCUGGAGUUAGUGCUCGUAUUUCUCGACUUACACCUUGGAUACAGGCUAAUGCUUAAUUCCUUUUAGAAGGAAUAUCCGCUAACGAUUUUGAUGUUAUUGUAUAUAUGUUAUGUUUCGUCUAAAUUACUGUUUGGAAGAAGAACCUCAUUUGAAAUAAUUUCGCACAACUUUGGCAUGAAAAUAAAGACGUUUGGAUUAUUUUA